CUGACAAGUUGUAAUUAUUUAAUCGGUAUUAAAUAAAUGGACAGAUAUUUAUCAUUUACCAUUUAAAUAGUUUGUGCAACACAGCAAGAGUUCGCCAGUCUUCUGCCAAAAGUUUUAAUAUGCAGACAUUUGUUUUGUACUUUAGCUGGUUUUUGUUAGUGGCCGGCAGCUAUAGCUACUCUACAAAAGCCACCACUAAGGAUUUGAUUGAAGCACGCAAGGCCGACGACAAUGUGAAAUUUUAUUUGUAUACAAAAAACAAUACCAAGACCCCCCAACAAUUGCUGGUCAAUAAUGUGGAAUCGGUGAAAAACUCAAAUUUUAAUAGGACUCAUCAAACCAAAAUACUUAUACACGGCCGACGUGGUUCUUAUACCUCCACACUCAAUGGUCCCAUACGUGAGGCUUAUCUAGCUACCGGCGAUUAUAAUUUGAUUUCCGUUGAUUGGAGUGACUAUGCCAAAUUGAAUUAUUCAAAGUCCCGCACCCUGGUGCCCCAGGUGGGCCAAGAUGUAGCCAUUUUUGUGGACUUUUUGAAUGAGAAAUUUCAAAUGAGUUUCGAUUCAUUGGUGGUUAUAGGCCAUAGUUUGGGUGCCCAUGUGGCGGGCUAUUGUGGUAAAAUGGUAAAACGUGGCAAAUUAUCAGCCAUCGUGGGCUUGGAUCCGGCCUCACCCUUUUACAACUAUGAGAAUCCCGCCACCCGUUUAGCCAGCACUGAUGCCAAAUAUGUACAGACCAUACAAACGAAUGGCAAUACUAAGGGAUUUUUAAGGCCUAUUGGCACGGCUACCUUCUAUGCCAACUGGGGUCGUGUACAACCUGGCUGUGGCUCAGAUAUCGAAGGCACAUGUUCUCAUGUCAGAUGUAUUAGUUUGUAUGCUGAGGCCAUUAGGGGUUAUUCCUUUGCUCCCAUUUACAAAUGCCAGAGUUAUGAUAAUAUUUUCUAUAAGACUGGCUGUACAGAAGUAGUAAAGGAUGUGGAAUUUGGUGAUCCUACACGAAUUCAACAGAAGGCGGGUAUUUAUAAUUUUGAAACAAAAAGUGAGGCACCUUAUGGUAAUUUAUAAAGUAAAAUAAAAUGUUUUUUUUAACAAAAUCUUAAAUUAAAUAAAGUUGUAGUU